GUCCGGACUAAUUCCGACUUUUCGUUGAAAAACUGCGUUAAAAAAAAAUCGGAGAUAAAAUUUGUUGAUUUCGCCUUGGCCCUCUUGGAAGACGUAAUAAGAGAUGGAUGUAUGAGAUAUAUAAAGGCGGAAAGGGAGGGGUAAUGAUUCAUGUAGUUACUAGGUAUAAUAGUGAAUCGACCAACAGCUUCAAAUACAAACUGCAUCUUCUCCAAAAUCACAAUCACCGCAAGCAAGAGUGGUCAACACAGAAAUACCUCCCACAGAUAGUAUACGAAAAUGGCAGCCACUUUCUUCGCGUUUGCGCCAGAGCCCAAGACCGAACUUGGUCGGCACCGUAUCCUGGCCCCGACGGCCGGCAUUCGUGUCUCGCCAUUGGCCCUCGGUGCCAUGUCCAUUGGUGACGCAUGGUCUGACCUGAUGGGAUCCAUGGAUAAGGAGAGCUCAUUCAAGCUGCUGGACGCAUUCUGGGAGGCGGGCGGCAACUUCAUCGACACCGCCAACAACUACCAGAACGAGCAGUCCGAGACAUGGAUCGGAGAGUGGGCGGCCAAGAAGGGCAUCCGAGACCAGCUUGUCAUUGCUACCAAGUUCACUUCAGACUAUCGAAGCCACGAGCUGGGAAAAGGAAAGGCUCAAAACUUUCAGGGUAACCACCGCAAGAGUCUCCAUGUGAGCGUAAGAGACUCCCUCAAGAAGCUCCAAACCGACUACAUUGAUAUCUUGUACAUCCACUGGUGGGACAGCACCACUUCCAUCAAAGAGCUCAUGGACUCUUUGCACAUCAUGGUCGAGCAGGGCAAAGUUCUCUACCUGGGAGCUUCAGAUAUGCCUGCAUGGAUCGUCAGCGCGGCCAACACAUACGCAGUUGACAACGGCAAGACGCCUUUUAGCAUCUACCAAGGCCGAUGGAACAUCAUGCUGAGGGAUUUUGAGCGGGACAUUAUCCCCAUGGCACGGCACUUCGGCAUGGCUCUCGCGCCCUGGGACGUUCUUGGCGGAGGAAAGUUUCAGACAAAGGAGGCCCUGGAAGAGCGCAAGAAGAAAGGCGAGGGGCUGCGCGCCCUUAUAUCACUUCCAGAACAGAGUGCUGAAGAAGCAAAGAUUAGCGAGGCGCUCGCCAAAGUGGCGGCAGAGCACGGCAUCACCUCCAUCACCGCUAUUGCCCUAGCAUAUGUAUUGCACAAGGCAGGAAAUGUGAUCCCUAUUGUUGGCGGAAGGAAAGUUGAGCAUCUCAUGGACAAUAUCCAGGCCCUGAGCAUUAAGCUCACAGACGAUCAAAUCAAGUUCCUCGAGGGUGUACAGUCGUUUGACCUGGGAUUCCCUUCAGCCUUCUUGGGCCCUGAUCCUAAUAUUACAGGGUAUUCCCCACGACUCCAUCGGACGGCUCACUACAGCUUCCCUAAUGCGGGAAACCCCAAGAGUACAGUAUAAGGUGAUGAAUGUCUUUAGUUUGACGAUAACUACUUUGUGUGGGUGAUGUAUAUCUGCACAGUCUGCGAAAGGUUCUCUGUGGCCAUUCAGAAAAAUUUGCGUUUUAAAGCUCCCAGCCAACUUUUGUUGCAAUACAUACAUUCUAUAAGGGGGGUCUUAUUUGCUCAGCUUCAGGAUGCUUUUAUCAAAUUAUUGUUCUAAGAGCAUAGAUAGAUGCAUCUAUUCGCUCCAUACUACGGCCUUAGGUACAACAGCAUUAAACAAACAAACUUGACUUGUUACCUGCAUAGAUGCAUCCAUCCCAAGUGUGCCAUUCUAGCCGUG